AUGCCGGUUAUCGGCAUUUCUCUCCUCUCGAGCUGUCACGCUGACAGUUCGAGAGGAGAGGAGAGCCGGGCACUGAUGAUCAGUGUGCCCUGAUGAUCAGUGUAGCCCCAGCAGUGCCACCUGUCAGUGCUCAUCAGUGCCACGUGCCAGUGCCCAUCAGUGCCACAUCAAUGCCACAUAGUGCAUACCAGUGCACAUCAAUGCCACGUAUCAGUGCCCAUCUGAGCUGCCUUUCAAUGUCACCCAUCAGUGCCAGUCAGUGCCACCUAUCAAUGCCAAUCAGUGCCACCUAUCAGUGCUGCCAAUCAGUGCCACCUAUC